CAAAGUCACGUUCGGAUUAUCGGAUGCGCAGAUUAAGAGUUAAUUAUACACAAACAUUCAUUCGUUAAAAUAAAUCUAUUUCAGUUUUCUUUUCUCAGAUCCGCGAGUCAGUUUCUGAUAGAAUUUUACUUAAACGACAGUGAUAUCUUUUUCUUCGCUGUGUGCUACAUAGGUUGAAGCCAACAUGAAUCCUUUUUACAUCUUUUGGAUGUUAUUUUUCGCCUCCCAUUGCAGCGUUCAAACUGAGCAAACAAAUUCCACAAUAAACAUCGAUUACGAAAAUAUGGUUCAAUGCGAGACAUGCAUGCAAGUUCACGAAAUCAAAUAUAUUUGGACUAUUCGUAAUGUUAGCGCUCACGAAACACUCGGAGAAGAACUUCUAGCACCAAAGUUACGCGCACUCACAACUGAUAGAAUUGAAUGGGAUCUUCGACUUUACUUUGAAUAUUCUGUUCUGUUUAAUGUUUUUAUAUCCAGUGAAAGUAUAGUUAGAAAAGCGAUAGCAGACUGCAAUGUUUCAAUCAUCAAUCAUAAAAAAGAAGUGUUAUUUCAUAAAAAUAUCAAAUCAAAAAGGUGUGUCCUCGCACCGGAGGACCGAUGGAUCAGGAACUAUGAGACCCUUUACAAUAAAGAUGAUUAUUUUUUUAGAAAUCACUUGCUGCAAAAUGAUACAUUAACGAUGUUAUUCCACAUAAAAUGGUUUCAUGAACCAUCUAAUGAAGUUUCCUUUCAACACAAGAUCCCAUCGCCUCUUCCAACACCAGACACUACUAUCAUGAAAAAUAAUCUACCUGAAAAUUUGGAAUCGAUGCUCGAAAAUCCUAAAUUCGCAGACGUCGUAUUUAUCACAAACGGUGGCAAUUAUCCAGCUCAUAAGAAUAUUUUGGCCGCACGCAGUCCUGUUUUCGCUGCCAUGUUCCGACGCAAAGAUACAAAAAAUGAAAAAAAUAAGAAAAUUCGAAUACACGUCACAAACAUGGACGGAGAAGUACUACGUUCUAUUCUGAAGUAUAUUUACACCGGUGAAUGUGAAAAUUUGGAUAAACUAGCCGGCAAAUUACUCGCAGCUGCUAUUAAAUAUCGUUUGGAUGGUUUGAGAAGAAUUUGCGAGCAAACGCUUCGUCAAACUUCGUCAUCUAAUACAGCAGCAUAAAAAUUGGACUUGCCAAGUGAUGUCACGAACUCAGAAAAUCACGAAGACUUUUGAGUAGGGGCAGAGCCAGUAUAUGUAUACGGAAAUUAAUAAAUAAGAUGUAAUGAUAGUAAUUCCAAAUCCUAUUUAUAUCAUUAAAAAAAACUUAGAUAAGAUUUAUUUUCUUUACAUCUCAAGAUAAGAUUUAUUUUCUUUACAUCUCAUCUUUUUAGAAUUAACCCAAUUUAUUUUUACUUUACAGAUCUAUUUACGAUGAUUCUGAUAUCUUUUGAAUACCUUCCUUAAGUUCGAGCUUUUCACGUACUUCCGAAAUUAAAUUUCGUACCAGGUCAAUGUCGUAAAUUGCACCUUUCGUUAACCCCCGCCCCCUCUUCUCAAGAAAAUCAUUAAAUCUUCAAGAUGUGCCCAUAUUUUAAAAAUAUUCUACUGGGAGAUUUUUUUCUGAUAUUUUUCUUCAUGAAGUUACAACAGAUUUCAAGAUUCAGCCUCUUUUCCUCGUCACUCUCUGCCCCUUGAUUUUAUUCAAAAGAUCGAGAGAAUUGCCAAAAAAAAAUCAAACUAUAACAAGGAUGGUAUCUUCUUAUUUUUAGCCCUUUUUCUCAAUCCACUGCUGGAUGAAGGCCUCCCCAACUUCUUUCCACGAGCUCCGGUC